AUGGCUCGACAUCACGCGCGCGCGCGCGUGGCGAGCGCGGUGCGGGACGCGAUGAUGGAAAACGUGGCGAAAAUCGGCGCCCCAACACCAUCCGACGCGCAGGUGGAGAACAUGAAUAAGAUGUCGCCGAACGAGCGAUUCGAGACGAUGUGGGAGGAUCACGCGUUUACGAUGACGCUCGCGACGAUGGCUCUGCCGUUCGGAAUUUUCUUCGCCGUGUUCGGGCGUAAGCACCACACGAGACUCACGCUCGCCCUCACCGGCGUCAUCUGCGCUUGGCUCGGUUUGAUGGGUCUCGAGACGGUGAGGAACUCGCUCGAGAGCGUCUCCGACCAUCUGACGAUCCCGGACACCGAUAUGCUGAACUACGGCGUCGCUGCGGUGUGUGGCUUGAUCGGGGUGAGUGUGAUGAUGAGCAUCUAUAAGCUUCUCGGCUUGGUCAUCGGCGUCUCGUGCGGUUGGUUGGUGAACUCGCUCGCUGAAAGCUACAUCGAUUACGACUUCGAUAUGAUGUGGACCGCCGGCUUUUACGCCGUCGGUGCCGUCUUGGGUUGGGUGUUCGUGUCGCCGUUCAUCAUGGACAAGAUCGGCAUCGUGUACGCCAUCAUCGGCGGUGGCUUGAUCGCCACGAGCGGCUCUCUCUUCUUGUGGCUCGGCGGCGUCGUUGAAUCUCCCGACCUCUGGCCGAUCGAUUUGACCAAGUCGGGUGACGCCGAGGUCCAGCUGAACCGCGCGCACUUCGACUUCCAGGAUUACACCAACUAUUAUUCCAUCGCCAUCGCGCUCGUGUUCGUGUACAUCGGUUUGUGCACCGGCGGCCGCGGCAAGAAGGGCCCCGACGAGACGUCUCCGCUCCUGGGAGACGCCGAAAAGGGGCAAGCAGAGAAGAAGUGA